GGUUAGCAGACGAGUUGCACAGAACUGAAUUUUCAAAUCCAGUUAAAGAUAUAAUGCUUUCAUAAUUGUUUUGUUACUGGUGUUCAGCAUAUUUCUUUGACUUCAAUCAUGUCGUCAACGCAGUCUAUGGCAACAGUUUGGAUUGGAAAUCUGGAUGUGUACAUGGAUGAGUUGUUUAUCACUCAAGCCUUCGCUCAUUAUGGAGAAGUUGUGUUCAAUGUGAAGCUGAUACGGAACAAACAUAAUGGACAAUAUGCUGGCUAUGGUUUUGUGGAAUUCUCAGAUGCUGAUGCUGCCCAAAAAGCUAUAAGCAAACUAAGCGGAAAGAUCAUCCCAAAUUCGUCACCGCCAAAACGCUUCAAACUGAACAAUGCAAGUCACAGCAAGGAUCACAUGCCAGAGUUCUCCCUCUUUGUGGGCGACCUAUCCGAGGACGUGGACAACUACAUGUUGUAUGAUGCCUUUGCCAAGCGCUAUAGAUCCUGUCGUGCAGCUAAAGUUGUGUAUGACAACACUGGUAAACACAAGGGCUAUGGAUUUGUGAGGUUCUCAGAGGAGCAUGACCUUCACAGAGCCGUGAAGGAGAUGCAGCACAUGACAGGAAUUGGACGCAACCCUAUCAGAGUCGGUCCUGCGCUGCACAAAAAUCGCACGCCUGUAGAGGUUCCUGGGACUUCGUAUCGUGACCCUUACUACAGCCAUUACUCCCAGCAUUACCCUCCUUACAACAGUUACUAUGGCUCUUGGACCAACUACUCUGACCAGUACUACCAGUACCCUUACCCCCACACUGACUACACAGGACAGACACAGAGUUAUUACGAUGUCCAAGGAGAGGAUGAACUGGAAUCCCUGGAAGAUCCGUGUCUAGAGGUGGAUGUAGAGAAGAUGAACAAAGAGUUUGUUGAGCAGAGUGAGGAGUUUUAUAGUGCCCUGGAGAGUUCACGGUGGUACCCUCUGGAUAGUGCCUCGUCGCAGAUCACACCAGUGUCUUCCUGAGGGCAGGAGACACUUCUGACUGGGACAACCCUGAUGGCAUCAUGACCAUGGUACACAAACAUUGCCUGGAAUGCCCUGGAAGCUUCAGUAACUUCCCCAGGUACCACAAAGGUGUCUGCACAACCACAGGUGCUGUGGCAGUUAGAAACAAGACAUAAGGAGAAUGUGAUGAUAAAUUCACUGAUCAGCAGAGUUACAGAACAAGACACCAUAUUAGCAGAUAAUGGUAUGGGUGUGGACUGAUUCUUGUCUCCUGAUGUACAUGCGCUGUGGAUGAAACCAGGCUGAAAGUGGAUGAAACUAGGCUGAAAGUGGGUAGAACCAGGCUGAAUGUGGAUGAAACCAGGCUGAAUGUGGAUGAAACCAGGCUGAAUGUGGAUGAAACCAGGCUGAAAGUGGGUAGAACCAGGCUGAAUGUGGGUAGAAACAGGCUGAAAGUGGAUGAAACCAGGCUGAAAGUGGGUAGAACCAAGCUGAAUGUGGAUGAAACCAGGGUGAAAGUGGGUAGAACCAGGCUGAAUGUGGAUGAAACCAGGCUGAAUGUGGAUGAAACCAGGCUGAAUGUGGAUGAAACCAGGCUGAAAGUGGGUAGAACCAGGCUGAAUGUGGGUAGAAACAGGCUGAAAGUGGAUGAAACCAGGCUGAAAGUGGGUAGAACCAGGCUGAAUGUGGAUGAAACCAGGCUGAAUGUGGAUGAAACCAGGCUGAAUGUGGAUGAAACCAGGCUGAAAGUGGGUACAAACAGGCUGAAUGUGGAUGAAACCAGGCUGAAAGUGGGUAGAACC